CUCAAUUGUUGUUAUUAAAUUGAACACCUUCCCCUCUUGAACUCUUGUGGUUUAUGUGAAUUUCUUCACAAGUUUCAAAAUUUUAGGUCACUUCGUUAUUGGCUGUUUGUUACAUGAUUGAAUGAUUCAGAUUGGUAUUUUUACUAUAAGCAAGCUGCAGUAUCAAUUUACAAUCUGUGAAAGGCAAGUUUUUAAGCUGUAAAAUGGUGGGUAUCUUGUAGUGGGCCUUCACUGUGAAAAAUGUUGUUAUCAGGGAGGCCUUUUGGUUAUUAGUGUUUUGUUGGGAUCGGUGGAAGAAUGAAUACCUUUUCCUUUGGUUUCUCUUUCUUUCGUUUUUUCCUUUUUUUUUUUUUUUUUUCAAAAUGCUGAUUUUGGAGUUUUGAGUUUUAGCUUCUUUGUUUGUUUGGUUGUGUUUUGUUUUCUUUCACAUCUCAUAAUUUAAAACCCUAGUUAUCAUUGUAUUGAAUUCACCGUCACCAUUAUUUUUAUAUUUUCUCUACCUCCCUUUUACAUAUUUAUACGUAUAUUAUAUUCAAUUGUCGCAAUCUAACAUUGAUUACUCUAUUGUUUUUAUGAUUUUCAGAUUCUUGUCAUGCUUGGAAUGAACUGUUCCCUUAAUCUUCUCAUGACUCUGUGAUGAUAUUUAUUGGAGGUGGUCUCACAGUUCAGACCAUUUGGCUCUUUUUGGGGUCUGUUUGUUUUAAAUCUUGCUUACCUAUAUGUUCUGACACACCUAUUCCCCAAUAUAUCACACUACUUCAACUUGUCUCUUAUACCUUUUUUAUGAAUUCAGAUCUCAUAUCCAAUUGUUAUUCUUAGAGAAUUCCAUACUGGAGAUGGGUUCUUCCAAAUUAUACUAAUAGUAAUCUGUGAAAUUUGUAUUGCUAUUUUAUCUCUUUCUGGUGAGGAAAAAAUAAAGUUCUGAGUAGAUAGAUGAGUGGCAAUGAAUCAGGCGAUAGCUCCAUAUGGAGCAGGGAGCAGGAUAUAAUGUUCGAGAAUGCGUUGGCAACUUAUUCCGAGGAUUUAUCGGACCGAUGGGAGAAAAUUGCAGCUGAUGUCCCUGGGAAAUCUUUAGAAGAGGUGAGAGACCACUAUGAGCUCCUAGUAGAUGAUGUUAAUCGGAUUGAGUCUGGAUGUGUGCCACUGCCUCGAUACAAUUCCUCCUCAAGUGGCUCAAUAGGCCAAGCUGGCAAUGAAGGAACUGGAAAGAAAGGUGGAAGUUUUGGGAAUUUUAACAGUGAAUCUAAUCAUAAUGGUAAAGCUUUAAAGUCUGAACAGGAGCGCCGCAAAGGGAUAGCCUGGACAGAGGAAGAGCACAGAUUAUUUCUUCUUGGUUUGGAGAAAUAUGGUAAAGGUGACUGGAGAAGUAUUUCUCGAAACUUUGUGGUAACUAGAACUCCUACACAAGUCGCGAGCCAUGCACAGAAGUACUUUAUUCGUUUAAACUCAAUGAACAAGGACAGGAGACGAUCGAGCAUUCACGAUAUUACUAAUGUCAAUAAUGGUGAAAUGCCAGUUUCCCCAACACCUAUCACUGGUCAAACCAAUGGUUCUUCUGCAGGAGGUUCAUCUGGCAAGCCAAUCAAACAAACUCCUCAAUUAGUUGCCCCUGGAGUCAUGUAUGGUGGAACAACUAUCGGGCAGCCAGUAGGAGGGUCUCUGGUAGCAGGGACACCGGUGAAUCUAUCCCAACCAGCACACAUGGGCUAUAGUAUGAUAGCCCCUUCAGGACAACUUGUUCCUGGUGCCCCUGUGAACAUGGGUCCCAUGGCAUAUCCACUGCCACAAACUUCAACACACAGGUGACUGUUCUUGUUCUGGAAAACAAUUGUACAGAGGGUAGAAACUAUAUAGCUCAUGCUCAUUUUACAGUGAUCGGGGUUCCACCAACUGGGGAAGAAUAAUAUGAUGCUUAUAAACGAUACAGACAAGUGUUCAUUAUUAAUAUGUCUGUUUUCUUCAAUUCUCAUCAAAUCUGUAAGCCAUAGCAGCCAACUACGUGUUUUAUAGCUAGCUGCUGGGAUCGUGAUGGGGAGUAUUUAGGGCAGGACUCCAUAUUAGUUUUCCUUUAGUUCUAAAACAUUUGUUAUGUGGUAUAUGUAUUCAUUAGUUAGUUGGUGGGUUGGCGAUCUUUUCGUGGGCAAGCACUGCAAAGAAUUGGUGUCGUUAUUUUGGAUACCUGAGGAAUGCACACAUUGGCACCUGCUCGAGGCUGAGUCUGGUUAUAAAGAUUCUCGCAACUCUUCUAGCCUUGUCCUUGAUUUUUUUUUUCCCAAGAUAUAUUCUAUUGCAGUAAAUUGUCUGUUGACAACUAUUGUUUUGAUAUAUGUUUCCAUAGAAUUUUUAUUUUGA